AUGUCAAGUCCAUUGUGUUUUCUUUGGAUAAUUACAUCUGAUCCCCAAUCUCUUCAAACUCGUAAUGCUAUUUUUAUGGAAUUUCAAUUAUUUAUUGAAGAUCUUCGUCCAGAAAAUAUAAUAUGGUGGCAUACAUGUAUUACUGAUAUUGGAAAACAAGUUAAAAAUGAAUAUGAAAAAUUUAUUCGUAGAAACGUGAAUGGAAAAAUAAUUCGUGUUUAUCGUGGUUAG